AUGGAACCAUUGCAGACACAAACAGGUCAUUCUUCACAUGAAGUCUUUAUACCAUCUACGGUAAAGGAAGAUAAUAGCUCAUUAAAAGUGAAAGUUCCCGAAACUAAUAUUGAAUAUUCUAUGCCGAAAACAUCACCUUGUACAUGGUCCAAAGCUGAGAUCAGAGCUUGGUGGUGCACUGAAAGAACUCUUAUACCUCAAUUAUGCACGUUUUAUGAUGGUGAAGCACUCUGUGUAUACGCACAGAUAUUCUUAAAUCUUUAUCAGCAAAAUCCAUUAACACAUUUACAGAAUUUACGGGAACAAUCAAAACGUGAACAUAGUGUCGAUUUUUAUGAUGAUCAUUAUGCAAAUAUGGUGAGCUCUAUGAUGUGGAUUGCAAAACAGAAUGAAAACGAUAAACAUGCAGUGAACAAGAAUUCUACAUCAGUUUUAUGUGUACUCCUAUAA